AGCUUGUUCGCUCCUGGCGCUCCCAGGGCAAGAAAAAUCGAAGACCCGAGCCGGCGCCUGCGCACUUAGUCUCCGCCGCUGCUGUGGUCUCGUGCCCCGCCCCCCGGUCCCCCCACCCCCUAGGCUAGGCUGAGCGGCGGAGGUGGCCGUGCCGCUGGAAGCGGACAGACCCGAGUUAGAGGUGGGGGCGGGGGUCCAUCGCCCGCGGCCGGGCCGGCGCUCCCCUCCUACCCUCCCCGCGACCCCCGUCUGGCCCCCACGGCUAACGGUAGCGCAGCCGAACACGGCCCACGGGCAGGGCGCCGAAGAGGAGCAGGCGCGCGCCCGGGGACGAGCAGGGCGCAGUGAGGGAGGGGCGCGUCCACUGCCCCGGCCGGCCUACACCGACCCCGCCUACUGCGGCGCGGGGACCCUUGGCAAGACUCGUGGCUGUGACCCAUGGGCCUCUGAGGAGGCGUUGUAAGUCCGCCCAGCUCCCCACUUGCUGUGCUCUCACUCAAUGCGAAGGGAACCAAGGUACCAGGGCCAAGUGGAUCCAGACAUCCACACGGAUUCUGAAAGGGCAGGUCAAGCAGACUUUGUCCAGCCAUCAGCCACGGCCUCUCGACAGCACCAAGAUGGAAGUCAAAGGUCAGCUGAUCAGCUCUCCUACCUUCAAUGCCCCAGCUGCCCUGUUCGGAGAGGCUGCCCCCCAGGUGAAGUCAGAGCGUCUGCGGGGGCUGCUUGACCGGCAGCGGACCCUGCAGGAGGCCCUGAGCCUGAAACUUCAGGAGCUCCGCAAAGUGUGUCUCCAGGAGGCGGAGCUGACUGGCCAGCUGCCCCCUGAGUGCCCACUAGAGCCUGGUGAACGGCCCCAGUUGGUCCGCCGGCGGCCCCCCACAGCCCGCGCCUACCCUCCACCGCACCCCAACCAAGCACACCACUCCUUGUGCCCUGCUGAGGAGCUGGCUCUUGAGGCCCUGGAACGCGAGGUGUCAGUGCAACAGCAGAUCGCGGCGGCCGCCCGCCGCCUGGCCUUGGCCCCUGAUCUGAGCACCGAGCAGCGCCGGCGCCGGCGCCAGGUCCAGGCAGAUGCACUGAGGAGGCUGCAUGAGCUAGAGGAGCAGCUCGGGGAUGUCCGGGCCCGCCUUGGCCUCCCAGUGCUCCCGCUGCCCCAGCCACUGCCACUGUCCACGGGGUCAGUGAUCACCGCCCAGGGAGUCUGCCUGGGCAUGCGUCUUGCUCAGCUCAGCCAAGAGGACGUAGUUCUGCACUCAGAGAGCAGCUCCCUCUCAGAGUCUGGGGCCAGCCAUGACAACGAGGAGCCCCAUGGCUGCUUCUCUCUGGCCGAGCGCCCCUCACCACCCAAGGCUUGGGACCAGCUGCGGGCAGUAUCUGGGGGGAGCCCUGAGCGGCGAACCCCAUGGAAACCACCUCCAUCAGAUCUUUAUGGGGAUCUGAAGAGCCGGCGGAACUCUGUGGCCAGCCCCACCAGCCCCACACGCUCGCUGCCCAGGAGUGCCUCCAGUUUUGAGGGGCGAAGUGUGCCUGCCACCCCUGUCCUCACCCGGGGCGCUGGCCCCCAGCUCUGCAAACCUGAAGGCCUUCAUUCUCGUCAGUGGUCCGGCAGCCAGGACUCCCAGAUGGGCUUCCCCCGGGCCGACCCUGCCUCCGAUCGCGCCUCCCUCUUCGUAGCUCGCACCCGCCGCAGCAACAGUUCUGAGGCCCUGCUGGUGGACCGGGCCGCUGGUGGGGGAGCUGGCUCCCCGCCUGCCCCUCUGGCUCCCUCUGCCUCUGGCCCCCCAGUCUGCAAGAGCAGUGAGGUGCUGUAUGAGCGCCCCCAACCAACCCCUGCCUUCUCCUCCCGCACAGCAGGCCCCCCAGACCCUCCCCGGGCCGCCCGGCCUAGCUCAGCUGCCCCUGCCUCCCGAGGUGCCCCCCGGCUCCCACCUGUGUGUGGAGACUUCCUCUUGGACUAUUCCUUGGACCGGGGCCUGCCCCGCAGUGGCGGUGGAACAGGCUGGGGGGAGCUGCUGCCUGCAGCUGAGGUCCCAGGACCCCUCUCCCGCCGGGAUGGGCUCCUCACCAUGCUCCCCGGCCCACCACCUGUGUAUGCAGCUGACAGCAACAGCCCCCUCCUCCGCACCAAGGACCCCCACACCCGUGCCACUCGCACUAAGCCCUGUGGCCUGCCCCCAGAGGCUGCCGAAGGCCCUGAGGUGCAUCCAAACCCUCUGCUGUGGAUGCCCCCACCCACCCGCAUCCCCUCGGCUGGUGAACGCAGUGGCCACAAGAACCUGGCUCUGGAGGGGCUGCGGGACUGGUACAUCCGGAACUCGGGACUGGCUGCGGGGCCCCAGCGCCGGCCUGUGCUCCCUUCCGUGGGCCCGCCACACCCACCCUUCCUCCAUGCCCGCUGCUAUGAGGUGGGCCAGGCGCUGUACGGGGCCCCCAGCCAGGCGCCACUCCCACACUCGAGGAGUUUCACGGCGCCCCCUGUCUCUGGCAGAUACUACGCGGACUUCCUGUAUCCCCCGGAGCUGAGCGCUCGUUUAAGUGACCUGACGCUAGAGGGGGAGCAGUCCUCCAGUUCUGACACCCAGACCCCGGGGACACUGGUCUGACCCCUUCUGAUAUGUCCCUUGUUGGCCUGGGCACGAUUCCAAUCUGGGGAGCACACAGCUGACCUCGCUGGGCCCUGGGGUGUGGUUGCUCUCAGUCCUGAGCGGAGUGCGCCAACCUAAUCUUCCAAGGCCCCUGGCUCCCCGUAGGCCCAGGAAGGUGUCUGACACCCUGCUUCUUCUCUCACACUGUGCUGGGGACUGGGGGCCCUCAGCCAGCUUAAAAGAGGGGGGAUGAUGUCAUGGGGACCCCAAGCCCCUUCCUCCAUUUAUGUUUACAGUUGUGACUUAGGUAUUCACUGUCUUCCUCCAACACUAGGCGUUUUACAAAAGGGAAACUGUGAUCUCAUCUGGUUGGGUUCAUUCCUGUUCCCAUGCCCAACCAGGUUCCAUUCAGGAACCCCCUCCAUAAAAUGGACCAUAUCGGGUCUCAGGGCCAUUUAGGGCAGCCAGGAGACUCUGGUGUGAACAGAAAUCCCUGCCACGCAUCGCCAGGGCAGUUGUUGGGGCAGUGGGCUCUCUGCCCACACUUGGAAGGACUGCAGUCUGGGUGGGAUGCCUGAAAGAGCCCAACCCCGUCUGUGCCCAUGGCCUCUGCCCUGACCACCCCGUCAGGAGGCCCCACAGGAGGGGUAAAGGGAAGAGCCAUCAGGUGUGCUGUGUCCUGGGAUCCUGUGGGGGUUGAACUUGGCAUCUACCAGAUCUGGCACCCGGUAGAUGCCAGUGAAAUCCUUAGGUGAGGUCUGCCUACGGGCCACGGGCCACUCACCACUCACACCUUCCUUGGCUUUCCUUCCACCCUUUUUUUUUUCUCGAGACGGAGUCUUGCUCUGUCGCCAGGCUGGAGUGCAGUGGCGCAAUCUCAGCUCACUGCAACCUCUGCCUCCUGGGUUCUCCUGCCUCACCCUCCC